AUGUCUAUACCGCCUCCAAAUGCCAGUCAGCCACCUCCAGGUUACCCAUCGAAUACGUCUCAACCACCUCCAAAUCUUAUUUUACCUUCUUCACUGACCUCUCAACCUCCUCCAAACAUUCAAGCCUUGUUGAAAUCCAUACCAAGCCUUCAAACUAUACAGCAGGCCACUGCCGCAGCUGCUGCCGCUGCUGCGGCUUCGACUAGAUCUCAGAAUCUCCCAUCGGUUAAUUUCCCUACAACCUCUUUACCACAACGGCUUGGAGAUGUGGAUGAACGAAUGAAGCCACCUGCAAUUCAAUCUUCACCUCAUGUCACUAUUCCUGUACCGAGCCACCAUCAAAUGCACCAACCUCCACCUUCUCCCCUAGCUCCUAUUCCUAAUUAUCACCAACAUCAACCAAUUUCGCAGCAACCGUCGUACGCUGAGGAGGGG